AAUCUAACACUGGCACACACACACACACUGGUGCUGUUUGCGUCUACAUCAGAGAUUCAGUUCAUGAUUGCUGCUUGAAUAGUGAGGGUCGGUCCAUCGAGGGUGUUUGCUUGCGUCGUCUUGUUUAAAACGGAAUUUGAGAAUGCAACAACAAAACAACACACAGACGGCAUUAAGUUCCAGGAUGACAGCAUCAUUGCCCGACCGCUUCAGCGCCGGCAAGCGCCAGUUUUGGCGCGAGUUCUUGGCCCUCUACCAAGACAUGCCGGAGCUCUGGGAUGCCAACCACUUGAACUACCGAAACAAGGAGCUGAGAAACAGAGCCUACGAGCGGCUGGAGACGAAACUAAGGGAGAUCCAGCCAAAUGCAACCCGCACUGAAGUUGGGCGUCGCAUCAACAUCUUUCGCACGAACUACCGGCGGGAGCAGAUGCGGAUUCUUAAACAAAAGGAACUCGGAUUCCACUCGGACCUAUGCAAGCCCACGCUUUGGUUCUACGACUACAUGGGAUUUCUCCUCACACAGGAGUCGUUCCAACAGGGCAGAUCCAGGAAGGUUCGCGUAGCGGCAACCAUAAAACCAAAGAGGAUGUUUGAGUUUGGAAAAGACGCCUCAUCUGACCCACUUGAUACCGUGAGUGAGUGGGCGACAAAGGAGACACUAGCAAGCUACCUACCAGAGCCAGGCGCACCACCAUCAGAGGAGAACUCUCUGCUGAGUCCGAAAGUUGAGAUCAUCGAGCAGGACGAGGAGCCCAUGGAUACCGACAGGCACACUCAAGGAGAGGAUGUCAAGCCGGAAACGUGUGGCCUUGACACAUCCGACUACACGGAUCGCACGAACGUCUCCACCAACGCGACGUUGACUGUGGCCAGACAAUCGAAUAGUUUAGAUGCUCCUCCAGCUUUGAGCGAGGCCUCGGAGGUGCUGGCCAAGUCGUGGGCGGUCCAAUAUGAAGAGAUGGCUCCGACGCAACGAAUCUUGGCUCGAAAAGCCAUCGCCGAUAUUCUCUUUGAAGGCUGCAUGGGCAACUUGCGAAUAAACCGCGGCGAACAGCGCAGCUCAGUGGGAAACCAUUUGUAAAUCUGAUAAUUAUACAAUUUAUAUAAAUAAUAGCCAUUUUAA